GGCCGCGCGCCAUGCCUCUGCGGCUGCGGGGCAAGAAGAAGAAGGGCCAGUCCAAGGAGACCCGCAAGCUGGUGGAGAGCGAGGAGGCGGCAGCGGCCCGCGGGGGAGGCGAUGGGGCGGCCGCGCCGCCCGCCCCUGCCCAGCCCGGGGCCCGGCUGCUCUUCCACACGCAGCUGGCGCACGGGAGCCCCACCGGCCUCGUCGGGGGCUUCGCCAGCGUGCGGGAGCUGUACGAGCAGAUCGGCCGGGCGUUCCGCAUCCCCGCCGCCGAGAUCAUAUUUUGCACUUUGAAUACGCACAAAAUUGAUAUGGACAACCUCUUAGGAGGGCAGAUUGGCCUUGAAGAUUUCAUAUUUGCCCACAUAAAGGGACCAAAAAAAGAAGUGGAUGUUCUUAAAUCGGAGGAUUCUCUUGGGCUUACCAUUACAGACAAUGGAACGGGCUAUGCCUUCAUAAAGCGUAUUAAAGAAGACAGCCUUGUCGACCAAAUCAAAACGAUAUGCGUGGGAGAUCAUAUAGAAUCUAUAAAUGGAAAAAAUUUGGUGGGUUGUCGUCAUUAUGAAGUUGCCAACCUUUUAAAAGGACUGGAGAAGGGUCAGACAUUUAAACUAACAUUGAUAGAGCCUAUGAAAGCAUUUGAAAUGAUUGAACCAAGGUUAAAAAGUGGAACUCUAUCAGAGGCUAAAAUCUCCAAGGGAAGAGAAACACUUCGAUUGAGAUCCAAAGGUCCUGCCAUUGUGGAGGAAGUGCCCUCUGAAAUUGAAGAAAAAGCAAUAAAAAAAGUAGAUGACCUUCUUGAAACGUACAUGGGAAUAAGAGAUAUUGAACUAGCUGCAACAAUGGUAGAAGCAGGAAGAGACAAGAACAAUCCAGAUGAAUUUGCUGUUGCACUUGAUGAAGCUCUUGGAGACUUUGCAUUUCCAGAUGAGUUUGUUUUUGAUGUAUGGGGAGCCAUAGGUGAUGCUAAACAAGGACGAUUGUAAUGAGAAAUGUACAAUUUAUUAAUCGCUGUUUGAAGAUAAAAUUGCUUUUAAACAAUUAUAGGAUCAGAAUUUCAAUUUAUUAAUAUGAAUGAUGGGCUGAUGCUGUAUAUAUUUGAAAUAUUCCUUUUGCAAAGUAGUAUUUUCUGGAUACGUGUUUUGAAAAAUCUUGUAUAGCGUCCAGGUGUGCUGAAAACGACACAUUUAAAAACAAAUAUUUAAUCUACUUUUAUAAAUUAGUAUAUGGAACAGUUCCACGGUAUCUGUUUAGUAUACCAUUGAUCCGGUAUUUUUUUCUCUCACAUGUGCAGUAUAUUAAAAGUAUUUUGCAGCUCUCUGAAGUGAUAUUAGACAUAUAUUAUAAAGAGCUAGGGGUAUUUUAUCUUUUUUAAAGAAAAGCUUUAUAAAACUUGAUAAUAUGAAAAAGUACUCAGAUGUGCUAUAACUCAAUAAUCCUCUGUUCCCUUCUGUACACUUUGCUAUACAUCUAACCCCUUCUUACUGUUGUGUAUGAAGGAGUGCUCUUCCUUACAGAAAGUUGGGAAGAGGCUACUUUUUGUAUAGGGGUGAGGUUCAAAAAAAGCUUCCCCUCAACAACCCCCGAGGCUUCAUUUGAGAUCUGAGACCCUUUGGAUGGAAAUGAUUUAUUUUAAUUUGGUGUGUAAUAUAAGAUGCCUAAGUACUACCGUGGUGGGUCUAUUAGAAAUGCAUAGGACAGAUUAUAUAUCAGUCUCUGUCUGCCAUAUUGCUGCAUCAAAGUCUUCUGGACAACAAAAGAACACACAAAAGCCAGCCGCACCUACUUACUCGCACACAUACGUAAUGGCAGGGAUCUGGCAUUGAAUGCUAUGGCAUAUGACAACUCAUGUGCUUAUUAGAGUUAAGCAUGUGCUUGAGUGCUUUGCUGAAUCAAUAUCUUAGUUUCUACUGUUGUUUGUGUGGCUUUUGCAUGAAACAUGGGAGAGAGAGAAAAAUUUAAAAACAAGAAAAUGUGAUUUGUAAAACCAUAAAAAAAGUGGCAGCAUGGAUGCAAAGGCCAGGCUUAGAACCUCAAAUUACUUCUAACUCAUCUCUUUUAAAUUGAUUAGAUUUCAAGUUGUCAGUGUCCUUUUAGAAAACCAUGUUGUACAUAAACACGUUUCUUUAUCUCUUUUUAUAUAUCAGUAAUAAAACCUAUGAUUAUUAAAGGGGAAAGAACUUUUUAAAAAAAAACCCAUUUUAUCUAGAUUUACUCCCGUGUUUACUGUUUGUGUUCAAUCCAUUUCACUUUUGUUUAUAAUCAGUUUCAUAUUCAGGUUUUCAGUAUUGCAAUGUUUGGAUUUUAAACAAGGCAGAAGGAUCCUUUCAAGUGUUUUUUCAUUAGGUUUGGUUUUGUUUUCUGUUUGUUUUAAAUUGUGGAAAUAUGUUGAUCUUGGAAUUUAUAAAAGCUUGUUUUACAUAAUUUAAACAUGGGCCAAAUGAUGGGUGAGAAGAUCCCUUUACAACAAAACCGAAGAAAAAAGUGGGACCUUAUCUGUGCAAGUGCUGUAGCUUUUCAGUGCUCUUUGAUAUGUGAACAAGCAUAUACAAUAAAUACUAUUCCAAAAAUAAA